AUGGAAGACUAUUUAGAAAAGACUGCAAGCGGCACCUGGAGGCCUUGGGGCACAGCCCCCAUUUUGGAAACGGCCCCAUUCCAUUUGCCCCAACAGUCCAGAUCUUCGACAGUUGCCAACUUCUGGGCUAGCCUGAACAUUUGGGGACAUUUCUCGUUUUUGCUGUUUGGCAGGUGCUGCUUUAAGCACGACUGCUGCUACGGACAAGCAGAAAAAGCCGGCUGCACGCCCAAAAUGGAAAAGUACCUGUGGGAGUGUGAGGACAACACAGCCAAGUGCGAUGACAUCGAGGACAAGUGUCAAAAGAUGGCUUGCAAGUGUGACCGCGAGGCUGCCAAGUGUCUGGCGAAAGCCCCCUACAAUGCUACGCACAUCUGGUGGCCGGUGGCCCGGUGUGGAACGUCCAGCCCGUCCUGUGAAGAGGAUUAAGGCAGAUCCCCACUCGGGCAUGCCGUGGGACUAGAUAAAGGCUGGCUUCUUUAUUUAAAAAAGAACCGUCCUGGCUGUAAGUUUCUCCUCUAGCGGGAGGGUCGUUUUCUCAACACUGGCAAAUCCAGUCAUUCUGAUAUUAACAAGGAACAUCGGCAUAACAGCGGAAGAGCCUUGCUGGGUCAGAACUGCGGUCCAUUCUCGUCCGGCAUCCUUUUUCAACAACCUGCCCCAGAGAGCCAACAACAGAACUGUCCUCUGAUGCUGAUUCUUAGUGCUGGAAUCCAGAGGUUGACUGUCCCUGAGCGUGGAGGUUCUCUUUAUCCACCCGGGCUAGCUGUCAUUGAUGGAUCCAGUUUGCCAAUAAUCUGUGCAACCCUCUUUUAAAGACUUCUGUGCUCAGAGCCAUCCCUUCAGAGAAUUCCACAGUGCAAUUGCUUGUUGAGUAAUAUUUUGAUUAAUAAACUUUUUUUUGUUUGGCA